UUGACAGUUAUUUGAGGUUAUGUGCGUGCUGGUGUGGUUAUGUUGUUAUUCAAGUUUUUCUUUGUGAAACAAAUAUUUCCUGUGAAAAAACACAUUUCGCUGCUUUAAACCAGAAACGUUUACUCAGAAGAUGAUUGAGUCGUGUCCUAAAAAGCGAAUGGUAUUUGGAAUAACGUUCUUGGUAUUGUAGGUGCUUAAUUUUCUCAUGUACCAAACAUCUGCUUCAUCUUGUAUGUUCCAGGCUAACAGUACUAGUGCUGAUCAUUGAGUCCCACUGGACUGACGGUAAGCAACGUAUACGAAAGCCAAAGUUUUUAGUUGAACAAAACUCGACUUGUUGGGAAAAGGAAAAGUACGAAGUGAUCAAAGACUGUGAACCCUGUUCUGCCUUUGAGAUCAAAAGCAAACAUAUUGGCGUAUGCAUCCAUACUCAUUACAAAGAGGUGCUCAAGUGUGCAAAUGGUGAGAUUGUAACCAGAAGUUGUGAUAAGGCUGCAUAUUAUGAUGAGCAGCAAUAUUGGAAGUUUGAAGGCUUUAUGUUUCUUGCAAGCAUAAUUUCUACUAUUUGUGUUACAACUAGAAGGAGGGUAUUAGAGAAACGCAUGCUGCAGAGGGUUCAGAGACAACUAGCUAAUUCUGUCUAAAUAAGAAUGGCUGCUUUAUUUAUAAAUGCAUACCAAACCUCAAGAAACAAACCUGAAACAUUGUCGUUUGACAUAGAAACUCUUAUAACAAUAUUUGUUUACCAACUAUCAACAAGUAAGGUUGAACUACAUGUAAAACCAAUUUACGAAGUGCCAGAAGAACCACUCAUUUCAUGCUCUACAAAACACAUCAAAUAUCAAACUGGAUCUCUUAUACCAAAACUUGCAACAUUCUGUAAAUGGCCAGUUUUGGUGUUAGAAAAUCAUAUAAUUGCUGGAGUAUGCUCAGUUUCUCGGCAACUCCUAAAGUUGAGUAAUAAAAAUGAUAUAAAAGCAUUGCUGGGUUUCAAGGAAGCCUGUUUAGCAGCUUGCUCAGAAAGCUCUAUAUGGACAAGGUUCUGUGAAGUUGAUAUUGUUUGUAUGAUAAAGAAGGUGCUUAAGCAAGAAAAUAUGAAUGGUGUAUUUCACAUACCAGAGGAAGUUGUAAGAUUUGAGUACCAUUUAUCAAAGCCUGUAAAGAUGCAUAAUAUAUACAAAGCUGCUAGACAAAAGAAUAAUGAUAAAGGUCUUACAUCUAGCAUACCUAAGGAGGAACUAAAUUUAGAACAUGAUUUUGGAGAAGGUACUGCCAUGACAUUAGCGGAUGUUAUUUUGUAUCCAGGUUUUAAAAUAUUCUUCACUAUCACUCCUAGAGAACUCAUUAAAAGCAAACUUCCUUUAACAGCAAAAUGGUUAUCAAGAAUGGAUAACAAUGGCUUACCUGAGCUUUGUUUCAAUCUACCAGCAUGUAAGAUUGGAAUAAAAGAAAUGGUGCUGCCAGAAUUUCAAAAACAGAGUCUGUAUACCUCAGAUCCAGCAAGAUAUAAGCCUCAAAAACGCAUUUAUACGAAACAAAUAGAUAUUGACAAUGUGUUGAAAAGCUUUGAUCAAACAAGUACAAAUACAUUUAUUCCAUAUGGACAUGAGAUUAAUUUCAAUUGGUCAAAAAUCCCUCUGGAAGCCAGUCCUAAUGGCGGUGCACUUCCAGAAAAGAGAGCGAAUAGAAAAUGCGAGCAAUUAGAAAAUCUAGCAAAAGCUGUGAUAAAAAUGGCUGGGGAUAAGCAGCAGACAAUUGUAGAUUUUUGCAGUGGAAGUGGGCAUGUCGGAAUACUUAUAGCUGUUUUGCUACCUAAGUGCCGGGUGUUCCUAGUAGAGAACAAGGAACAGUCCCUGUCCAGAGCCCGUGACCGCAUCGCCAGUCUCGGCCUCAACAAUGUUACCAUAGUACAGUCAAACCUGGACUACUUCAUAGGUUCUUUUGAUAUUGGUGUAGCACUCCAUGCUUGCGGUGUUGCCACUGAUCUGGUCGUUGACAAAUGCCUGUCGUCCAAGGCACACUUUGUAGUUUGUCCUUGUUGCUACGGAGGUAUCAAAAACUGUGUUGGAGUCAGCUAUCCUAGAAGUGCUACAUAUCGGGAUCUUGGGAUUACCCAUGAAGAUUAUCUAGUGCUAGCUCAUUCUGCAGACCAAACUCAUGGAGAAGAUAAUGGCAAAACAAAGCAAGGAUAUUUUUGUAUGGAUUUGGUUGAUACUGAUAGAAAAAAAUACGCAGAAAGUUGUGGUUAUGAUGUUCACUUGGGUAAAUUGCAGCCUACACAUUGUACCAAUAAAAAUAAUUUGUUAGUCGGUAUUUAUAAGAAUUAAUUGUUAUUUUUUAAUAAAAUACAUUUGUUUUUAUCUAG